UCAGCGCCGUUAACCACUGCUUGUAAUGGUUGGUAAUUUCAGUGAGCGUAGGACUUUUCUCAACAUAAUAACAUUAUCUACAACUCAAGUCCAAAACCAAAGCAACUUGUUUUAUUCUGUGAAAGUAACUGAAGAUCUAAAGUUAGAAUCUGCGUCUGUUGAGUGUGAUCCUCUUGACUCGAGUAGGCCUACUAGAUUCGGAAGAAGCGUGAUGACUAGAUACUCUGAUUGUAAUCAUGGCUCUGUUGUACUGGACCAACUUCAGUCACUUCGGUUGGAAGGUCUUCUGACGGACGUCUCCCUGAAGGUGAAUGCUGACACAUUCCCUUGCCAUCGGAGUGUGCUAGCAGCAUGCAGUCCUUAUUUUAAAGCCAUGUUUACAGGAGGCAUGUCAGAAAGUCGUCAGGAGACUGUGGCUCUUCAGGAUGUUGAGCCAUCAUCUCUGAGGCUACUCUUAGACUUCCUCUACACCGGAAACAUCAUCCUGGAUGACCAGAAUGUACAGGAUGUCUUUGUCACUGCUAAUCUGCUUCAGGUGGUACCACUCAUCCACUUUUGUGCUGAGUAUUUGGAGAAAUCUCUCAGCAUUGCAAAUUGUAUUGGAAUGUACUGCCUUGCCACCGCGUACUCCUGCGUGAGUCUGUUGGAAACCUCAUGGGAGUACAUCAAUUACAACUUUAUCCUGGUGAGUAAGCAGGAAGAGUUUCUGAAUGCACCUAGCAAUGUUGUUCUGAGCAUCGCAAGUAGUCGUAUGCUGAAUGUCAGAUCUGAGGGGGAUGUCUUUGAAGCUAUGUUCCAAUGGUAUAAGAAAGAUCCCACCAGCAAGGUCUGUACAGCUCAGCAAAUCCUUAAACAUGUCAAUGUGAAGUGUCUUGAUAGGAUGCAAGUUGCAAGAGCGAGAACAGAAGGUCUUAUGCCUUUGGAGCCUACUACAAGUGAAGCUUAUCCCAGUGAAUUUAGUGAUUCGCAGGUUUCGGCUUCCCAGUCGUCUUCAUCAGAACCUGGUGCAAGGUUAGGUAUGAGUGCACAAGAGCUUAUCUUAAUGGCCGGCAGACAUGGGCGCCAAAAUACAAUAUUCUGCGUACAUUUGCCCAGCCGGCAAUGCUACUUUCUCGAUUUGCCCCCAAUCUGCAGAACAUUUGGAGCCUUGGUGACAGUUGUUGACAAUGAAGUCUAUGCAAUCACUAAUGACUAUCAGGACAAAAGCAUGUUCCACUACAACCACAUACGAAAAAAAUGGAUUGCGGUUGCCCAGCGUUUGCAAGGACGGACUGACUUCCAACUUCAAGUAGUGAACGGUAAUAUCUACAUUCUAGGAGGCCUUAACGAUUGGGAAAUCCUGAACAGUGUGGAGCGAUAUGAUCCUUCUGUUGAUGAAUGGCAGUUUAUGACCCCUAUGCCUCGUGAUGUCAUAGAUUUUACCAGUGCAGUUUACCGUGAUAGCAUCUAUAUCUUCUCUGGGAGCAGGACUAUGAGCUAUAAUACCGUCACCGAUCUCUGGACUGCAACCCUUCCCGCGAUGACAACCCCUCGGCUUCGAUCUGCCUGCGUGACACAUGGCAAGGAGAUAUGGGUUAUAGGUGGUUCCUCUGCCCAAUCGAGCACCGAAGUCCCCUGUAUACAGGUCGAGAAGUACCUCCCUGAUGAAGGCAGGUGGGAAAGUGGUGGCUAUCUUCCAAGUCUUAUGAAGUUCUGUCUGGCUACAGUGUAUCAGAAGGAACUGUACCUGUGCGCUGUUUGGUGUGGUGUCCAUGAGAUGGGGGUCAAUGUACCAGUCCAACUCCAUCCUCAGUUUGAUCUCUACCUCUAUAACAAGCAUGCAACUACAUUCAAUGAUGUUGGUAUUGAUAUUCCUCUACAGGAUGUUCUAUCUUGUAGCACAGCAAGGUUAUUCACUGAAAACAUCACACCUGUUGUUCAAAGAUGAAUAUGCACAUAUUUAUUAUGUAGUUAAUAACAUUAUUGUAAUGUACAUUAACGUAUUCCGGUAGAUCUUAAUUCCUGGUUUUUGUAUUUUGAUAUGUAAUUUGAAAUCAUGAUGAAAAGGAAACCAACCUUCGUCGUUCAUGCAGUCAAGCAUGUACUUUCUCAGUAUCUUUAUCUGGAUUCUGUGAAUCCUGCCAGGAUAAUAAUAUCCUAUAGAGCUCUUCUAUUCAAUAUUUCUAUUCAUGAAAGCCUGGUUGCCAUUGUGGCAAAGUGGGAAAAACGUGUGUACAUGUAUAAAGUUAAUGAAAGGCAUCAUUACCAAGACAUCAUUAUCAAAAGUGAUCAUGUCUGCUGUUGCACUGAAUCGUGUUGUCACAAUAUGGCACACCACCCCCUUGCACAACAUGUCAUAAUAUACACAGAGCAGCACAAUACACGACAAUACAAUACUGCCUUCUCAUCUUGACAAAAGACCAG